GCAGGCACCAUGAGGUUGCGCAGCCGCACAGCGACGGACUGUGUUCGCGGGGCGGCGCUGGUGCUGCUCUGCAUCGCCUCCUUUCUGCCGACGCCAGCCGGGGCACGACGAGGCGGUGGUGGCUCCCUCUACAAGACGGCAUACGCGUGCGAGGGAAGUCAGCUGGGCUUCGCGUGUCCCGAGGGUCAGCUCAUCUCGCUGAUACGCGCAAACUACGGCCGCUUCUCCAUCUCCAUCUGCAACGAGCACGGAACGCUGGACUGGAGCGUCGACUGCAAGUCCAACCGCUCCUACAACGUCAUCCGAGACAGCUGCGGUAUGAGGAGGAAGUGCAGUCUUCCGGCGUCCACCGAUGUGUUUGGCGACCCCUGCCCCGGUACCUACAAGUACCUCGAAGCGCACUACCAGUGCAUUGCAGAGUCACCGACGACGCCGUCCAGUACGACGUCUUCGACGACGCCUACCACGACGACGACGACGACGCGGCCGCUGAUCAUCAUCCCGGCGACCCAGUUCCAGAGGCCUCCGCCCCCGCUGCUGCCGGCGUCGUCUUCUCCGGCCACGAGAGAGCCGUCCACGGAGGCCGCUCGCCAUCAUCGGACCUCGACCGCAAGGCCACCGCUGUCUUCGGCCAGCGAAGCGCACACGGUGGCCAGACCAUCUGCGAGGCCGGAGUUGCCCGGCGCUGACGAGUUGACGACGACGACGACAAGGAGUCCUCGGUGGACGACCACGGCGUCCACCGUGCAUCGCGUCCCUUCGAGCAGCGAGUCGAACGACGGCUACGACAUCUGGGGCGGCAGUUGGGCCUCGACCACCGAGGGCAGCACCUUCGAUUCGCCGCACCUGGGGAGAGGGAGGUUCCAGGACCCGGACAGAGCGAGCGGCGUGCCGUCCUACCUGCACCGAGGCUUCUGUCCGCCCAUGCAGUCACGGAGCAGCUUCUGGAACUGGACACGCGCCGGCGACACCGCCGUACAGCGAUGCCCCGGAGGCGCCAUCGGUCACGCCAGGUGGCGAUGCCUUCCGGGCAGCCCGCCGUACUGGGAACACGACACUCCCAACCUGAGUGCCUGCUACUCCGCCUGGAUGGAGAACCUCAAGUCGAGGGCCGACGACGACGACUCGGUGGUGAGCCUCGCGGUGGAGCUGGAGGUGAUCACUCGCACCAAGACGCUGCUGGGCGGCGACAUCGCCCAGACGGCGGGCGUCAUACAGAGGCUGCUGGCCAGGAUGACUCGCCGACUGGACGACUUCUCGGACGAGCGACGACGCUUCCAAGUCGUCAAGGAACUGCUGCAGUCGACGGUGGAGAUCAGCAGCAACCUGCUGGAAGACUACCAGCGCGACUCGUGGCUCGAACUUCCUCCGCGCGAGCGCCGCCACGUGGCCGGCGCUCUGCUGCAGGCGCUGGACAACUCCACCUGGCUACUGGCGGACACCAAGAACGCCGCGUUCCGCUUCUCCAGGGCACACGGCAACGUCCUGGUGUCGGUGCGGCUGGUGGAGACGUGGGCGGCGUCCGAGAUCCGUUUCCCGGUGCACGAGGACGUGCACGGCACCGUCUGGAUGCGCAUGCAGGACACGCUCGUGUUCCCGCCGCAGGCAUUGCUGGGCAGCGCGCGAAAUGGCGUCGUGAAGCUGGUGUUCAUGGCGUACCGCAACAUCGAGGACUUCCUGGGCCCCGACGUGGCGUCCGCCGAGCGAGUCAUCAACUCGCGCGUCAUCGCCGCCUCGGUGAACAGCCGGCACCUGAUGAAGCUGCACCAGCCGGUGCUCAUCACUUUCCAGCACCGAGAGGUGGAGAACGUAACGAACCCGAGGUGUGUCUUCUGGAGCUUCGACGACGAAGAGUGGCUCACCGAGGGCUGCUGGCUCAAGGAGACCAACGAAACGCACAGCGUCUGUGCCUGCAACCACCUGACCAACUUUGCCCUCGCCAUGGACCGCAGGCCGCCAGAGUUGACGUCGACCGAGCAGAAGCUGCAACUGUUCGUGUAUGCCUCGUUUGCGACGUGCAUGGUUCUGCUCAUUGCCGCUGCUUUCACUCUGCAAGCGUUCAGGUCUCUGAAGGGCGAGCGUGUGACGAUCCACAAGAACGCCUGCGUGUGCCUGUUGCUGACCGAGGCGCUGCUGGCCAGCGGUGUGGGCGGUCACCCGCAGCGGGUGGUGUGCGGAGUGUUGGCCGGAUUCCUGCACUACUUCUGGCUGGCCGCCUUCUUCUGGGCGCUGCUCGAGGGUUUCCAGCUGUACACCGUGCUGCUCGACGUGCUCGGCACGGACCCUCCUUCUUCCAGGCUCAGAUGGUACUACCUGCUGGCGUACGGUGCACCGGCGGUGAUCGUGUGCGUGUCGGCAGGCAUCAGCCCGUCCAGCUACGGGGCACUGCCGUCGCUUGGCACGUCAUUGCGCAAGGCGUGCUGGAUCGACAUGGAAGGACAUCAGCUGUGGAGUUUCGUCGGCCCCGCCGCAUUCUGUGCUGUGCUGUGCCUGAUCUUCCUGGCGAUGGUGUUCUGCAAAGCUCGCCGGCACGUCGACCUGCACGCCACCCUGAAGAGCAAGGAGCAGGAGAGGAUAGCCAGCACGAGGUCCCUGAGCUCGCACUCUCUGCUGGUGCUGGUGUGCCUGUGCCUGGCCAGCUCGUUCGCCCAACUGCACGUGUCGCGCGGCUCGCUUGUGCACACGAGCCUCUUCUCUGUCCUCAACAUCCUGCUGGGACUCGCAGUGCUCGUCUUCUACUGCCUCAGCAACGACAAGGUGAAGCGUGCCGUGUGCCGGCGUGUGCCGUGGUGCCGUCUGCCGGGUUCCCGGUUGGGCGGCGCCAACCCCUCCGGAGCAGCACCCCCGGGGGACCCCGUGGGGCCCCACCCGGGUCUCUUCAUGCACGCCAACGGCAUGCUGGUGCCCUAUAGUUCUACCCCGCAAUCAUGGAGCUCUCUGAAGGAGCACGAGUCGUCCGAGGUCACACAAGACACAAGGAACCGUGCCACACAAGGUCUCCCAUCUAUAGCCACGGUGACGAGCAAUUACCCGUGUGAAGAGCACCCGCUUCGUAGCUGGAUCUGCAACGCCUGGCCUCCGCAGGCAGCGCAGCCCCCGCCCGACUGCCUGCCUUACACUCAGUGGCCGCCAAACAACCCGCGGAGCAGUGAUGACGCCUCUUGGAAGCCACCGGACCCUUAUUCGCGCAACGACCACGUAUACGAGACCAUCGACGAAGACCAGCACCAUUCGCAGUCGUGUGACGGCUGGCGCACGCAACCGCACCAGGUGGGGCGUUGCAAGCAGGGCGGCAGCUACCGGUCUCUUGGCCGGCCAGCUAUGCUCAACAACAGCAUGGUGGCCCCGGCACCGGACCGGACCAUCCUGGGAUCUCUGACGGCGGCCUUGGCCUCGUCUCCUAGGGCGCGCCAUCUGCCAAUCAUCGGAGACUCUUGCCAGCAGGUUGCCUACUCUGGCAUCAAGAGCCCCUCGGACUCCGAGAGGUCUUCGAGCUCGCUCAUGGAAGAAGACAGGACGGAGUCUUCGGCCACUCUGGCGCUAGAAGACAGGGCCCGUGGCGUCUGGUCCCCACAAACGUCGCACAACAGUACGGAUGCGUUCGUGCGUGAAGGAGUCGAACACUUUUAACUAGAGACGCACAUAUUAUUUCUACGUGAUCAGAACUGCUGCUCACAGUUCUGGUGGCUGUCGCAAGGGUGUCCACUAAAUUACCUUGCGUUUCGGGUACGGCGCUCAAUGUGGGGACUCGGCUGCGUUUGUGAAAAGUGCUCUUGACUCCAGCGUUUUCUGGCGAACGUUCUGGAAGUGCACGCCGAUGUGGAAUCUCGCACGCAUUAGGUGACCGCCAUAAGCAGGGAAAGAGUGGAGCAGCGAGUGUCUCGUCUAAUGGACCACGAAACUGCUGUGUCUGUGUGUGUGCGCGCGUGGGAAUCUCCUUGUUGAUCUUGAAGAGGACAUCUAUGUGUGCACAAAUAUUUAUUGUAAAAAGUGGAAGGGAUGCGAUGCGAGUCAUUAAUGACAUUUUGUUUCAUGCUCAUAGUGGAACCAUUGUCUCCCGUGACUUUGUUCGAUGGCCUGCUGAAUAGAAAAAUGUGUUGUGUUCUCCAGACGUUUGCCAGUGAGGUAAAUCUGCAUAUCAAUGACGUUGCUGCCCUUUUGGUGUAAGCUGUGACUGUUUUCAAGUGGACUGAGUGUGAACGUUAGUGGUGCGCAAUUCUGGUGUGGUUCACUACUCCAUGUGCGUCGAGCGCCAUCUAUUUUCUGUGUCGCUGGUUACGUUUUCAUGUGUGUGAUUAUCUGUCGGUGCAUCUUCUCGGUGUCACUUGUCGCCAGGAUUCUCGACGCAUCUGGAAAUCGAGCUUACGCCAUGCGCCGUAGGUAACGCAAACGUGGUGUGCCCCUGUCAAGUACUGCUUUCUCAUCACGGGUAGAAAUCGCCUAGCCUUGCUAAGAUUCCUGCGCAUGCAUGUUUCUUUCUCUGGACAGUUCAGGUUUAAUGUGAGAUUGGCGCCGCGUGGGUUCUUAAAGAUUCAUACUUUACAUCGCGUUAAACCAUGCACACUAUGGGCAACGCGAAUAUUUUGUGUUACCUACGGGGCAUUGCAGAAAUACUGCCCGCCGAGUGGCUGCAGAUUCACCAUAUCAAAACUGGCAGUUCAUUCUCUUUGCAAGAAGUACUCAUUAUGCCGUUCUUGACGUCGGCACCCUGACACGUGUAAGCGAAGUGCGGCCAAGAAUUUUCAUUUUUGUAUGUGUAAUAACUAUAGGUGUAACCUUUCUAUUAGCGUGACACUACCCGUGUCGAGGAGCUGACUUAUUUGACGCUUCCUCGCGUGUGAAUGAAGUGCCGAGAUAAUUGGUUUGCGUGACGCUGUGCAUUUUCAAACGCAAUGUGUUAAUUUUUAUUAAUUUAAAGCGUCUCGCCUACUGGCAUUCUCAAGAGGGCGCAGUAUUGAUUCGCGUUGCUCAUUCGCUAUCACGAUUUGUUUCCCCGAAAUUUUAAGUUCUGUCGCUGGUUUGAGCGCAGAAAUGAAGGCGAAAUUUCCCAGCAUGCUCGGUGCGUGGAACUCGCCCUAUGUCGCACCAUUGUAUUAUGAAAGUAGAGCGGACGUUCCUUCGUCCACGAAAAGACUGGAAGACAGGACGAGUACGUUAGAAGGUCAUUAAAGUUCAUCAACUCGACAACUGUCAUUGUACAUUAAUCGGCGGUAGGAGGAAAAAACUGAAUUAAGGGAUGUAUAAUAGAGUUAUGCAGGCUUCACGCAUUCAAGCACACUUGCUUGGAGCAACGCGAAUGCAUGACCGAAUAUACGAAGAUUUCAUCGUGCUGCGCCCUCGCUAGGUGAGACCGACGCUCCGCUCGAAGUCGCUAGUCAAGUGUAUGUACGCAUUUUUAAGCUUCUGGACAACAGGUUACGACGUUUUGUUUUUCACCGUAUAUGAAAUGAGGGACAUUUUUGACGUCGUGGCGUGAACUUCGAAGAGUGUUUUGUUCAUCGGACGAGUCAUUUUAGUUUCGAUGAGGCUUUGAUGGUGCUUGGCGUCUCAUCAUGGUUUGAGUCGGGAAGGUACAUUGACUUUAAUACUCACCUGCUUGCAUAUUGCUUAACUCCAGACAGCCUCCAGAGAGAAAAAUACUCAAGCGAAUCUCGAACAUGUCGAACUUGUUGUGAUCGAAUACUGCCUAUUAAAGAUGUGAGGUGUAAUGACAUUUAUAGCCUUGCUACCAAUGCUCACGUAGCUUAUACCGGAUACAUUAUUAAGGCUGCUAAAUUCGUAGUUUAUUGGCAUUAAACCAUAAAAAGCCAUGAAUUACGCCUAAAAAAUUACGCCUGCAAGGUGUAUAUAUAUACGGCGAAAUGGCAUAGAAGAAACGUUUCACACGGCACCGUAAUGAAUGUGUAAUAUUCGUUUGUUAAACUGUCGCAGGAUUUUAGCGCAAGUGAAGAAAAAAAGUUUGCUGUUUUAACUCCUUCAUUGAGCGUAAUAAGUUCUGAUUCGGUUGCAGCCGAAUACGAAAACAGCAUUUGUCAGCGUCCGUCGGGCUACCUCAAAUAGCUGUGCGCAGUUAGCUGAAUUUGAUUAAUGGCCUACUUAAUGCCAACAGAAGCUACCACUGCUGUUCAAGCCUGGCUGAGCCCAUGCACUGCCGCGUAGUCUUUUUUUUUUUUUUUCCACUGACGUAAUGAAGACGAUACCCUUUGAAGAAUGUGCUAUUGGCGAUUGGUCACUUAUUCUGUGUACGAGCCAUCGUCGCGAUGCCUCGCAACAGUCUUCUGGCACAGCAUUAUGUGAUGUUUUUUCAACUCGACCUAUCCCGGUUUAGAUCGGGUUCGCAAUUAUGGUUGCUUUGGCGGGCCCGCAACUUAACGCUUAGAAUACGAAGAGCGCGUAACAUUUAGCGAUUCAAUUCAGUGCGCUGCUCAAUUGGGAUAUUUUUUUCAGUUUUUUUUUUCUUCUUGCGUUUAUAGUAUUUGAUCCAAAGAAUGUGAGCAGCUGAAUAACGAAAAAAAAAAACAAAUAAAAGGAAGAUUGUAACUCUACUUGCUUGAUUUUAGCCAUUCAUGCGUCACAACAAAAUUUUGAUGUGGUCUGCGCAACCUUUUGUGGCGCACAUUUGCUUCAAAAUUUUGUUGUGAUGUUUACAAGGCCCUGGAACUUGAGUCAGGCCUCUGUUCUUCCAGAUAUGCGAUAUGUUACUUAAGCCCAUGUUCACCUCGAAAGUGUUUAUUCCGCGUGGUCAUGUGGGAGUGAAGGGCCAAACAUCGUCUGCAUCGAAGUAUUUACUAACUUUUUUUAUUGUUUGUUUCAAUUGAGUAUUUCAGGACGAUGACGGGCUUUUGACUGUCUUGUAACAUUAAUGUUGUUGUUUUUUUACCAAGGAAAUGUGCGAAUGAACGCCCUUUGUGAUCCCUUCCUUCACGACGGAUCUGCAAGCGUUGCCUGCAGUGGUGUUUUUUUUUUUAUUGUGCGUGCGUGUAUAUCUGUGAGUACGUCUCGUUACGCGGUGUGAGGUGUAUUGUUGUUCUAAGUGGUGUGUAUUUGUUUUUCUUCUCAAAUGUUACGACGGAACUGAUCUACAAGCUUAGAUAAUUAAGUCAAUAAAAGAGAACAAAAA